AUGAAGAUGAGAGAGUUUAUGAGGAUUACGUUGGUGUGUGUGUGCGCUUUCCUUUUGGCAGUGCGUGAGACAAGGUGUGAGGAUGAAGUGUCCGAAAUGGAUGAAGGAGGUGCUCUGAGAGGGGAGGAUCAGAAUGAGCAGAGGAAGGAUUCCAAAGGUCCCAUACCAGGUAACCCUUUGCAUUUGGAUGUUACGGCGUGGCGCACGCUGAACAUCGCUGUAGGGCGUCUAAAUGCCAAGUCACAAUAUUAUGACGAAACACAUCCAUCCGAGCUACUGAUUAAAUCUCAGGUCAAAAAUUAA